CUCGGCUGAACACGUGGUUCCGUGUCUGCCUCCCUGCUUGUCUGUCAGUGUGUGAAGGUUUCCAGCCCUUCUCUCACUCCUCUCCUUAUCUCUCCUCCCGUGCAUCACAGCAGACCUUCUCCUCUCUUUACUCCGUCCCGCCCGCACCUCCUUCUCCUCUUCCUCUUCCUCCUGCUGCACUUUGCUCCUCUUUGCGACGGCUCCCGGGACUGCCGACAGCCAGGCCGCGGUCACUUCAACGUGUCUCCGCUCAGUGUGUGUGUGUGUGUGUGUGUGUGAGUGAGUGAAAGUGUGUGUGACAGAGAGAGUGUGUGUGUGUGUGUGUGUGUGUGUGUGAGUGAGUGCGUGUGCGCGCACCCGCCCGCAACCGGUCUAUCCGUGUUAUUUCUCCCACAAUCCCGCCUCGCUCUUCGGUCAUGACGCUGGAAGCGAUCCGCUACCGGGCCGGGUCUCUGCAGAUCCUCAACCAGCUGCUGCUGCCACACCAGACCGCUUACGAUGAGAUCCGCUCGGUGCAGGACGCUUACGAGGCCAUCAAGUCCAUGAAGGUGCGGGGCGCACCGGCCAUCGCCAUCGUCGGCUGCCUCAGCCUGGCUGUGGAGUUGCGGGCAGGCGCCGGGGGUGAUGACCCUGUGACCUUCAUCAGAGAGUCCCUGUGCCACCUGACCUCAGCUCGCCCCACCGCCGUCAACAUGGGCCGGGCCGCCCGCGAGCUGAUGGAGUUUGCUGAGAAUGAGAGCAUGGAGAAGAACUCGGAGCAGCUCAGAGAAAGUGUAAUUGCCUGGAUCGAAGACAUGCUGGAGCGUGACGUCAAUGACAACAGGAAGAUUGGUAACUAUGGUGCCCAGCACAUCCUCUCCGGUGUUCCGAGGGACUCUGUGACCAUCCUCACACACUGCAACACCGGCUCGCUGGCCACAGCUGGAUACGGGACUGCGCUUGGCGUGGUGCGAAGCCUGCACGCGCUGGGCAGGCUGAAGCGUGUGUACUGCACAGAGACGAGGCCGUACAACCAGGGGUCCAGACUGACGGCGUAUGAGGCGGUAGCAGAGGGAAUCCCUGCCACACUUAUUACAGACAGCAUGGCAGCCCUCACCAUGAGAGAAAUGGACAUCACAGCUGUGGUGGUGGGCGCAGACAGGGUGGUUGCCAACGGUGACACCGCCAACAAGGUGGGCACAUACCAGCUUGCCAUUGCUGCAAAGCAUCAUGGGAUUCCCUUCUAUGUGGCCGCACCCAGCACGUCAUGCGACUUGAGCCUGGAGAGCGGCAGGGACAUCAUCAUUGAAGUGCGCCCCCCUGAGGAACUCACCAGUAUAAAUGGAGUCCCCAUUGCUGCCCCGGGCAUCGAGGUGUGGAACCCGGCGUUCGACGUGACCCCUCACCAGCUCAUCACAGGAGGCAUCAUCACAGAGCUGGGAGUCUUCCUCCCCUCUGAGCUCCAGGCGGCGCUCACUGGCCGCCUCACUGCCCUCUAGAGCCACUCAGCCCCACCUGCUGGUCCGUGUGCACCACUGCACCUUAACGUCACACACUCAAAGCCACUCUCAUUUCAUCACAGAACACACACACACACACACACACACACACACACACACACA